UUGAUCAAUAAUCAGCUUCUUCUUCUUCAUGUGGGUCAGAAUGCAGUCUGGAUCAGACUCUCCAGAUCCUGGACUGAAGUCAGUCCGAAGAUCUCCCCGUCUGUCUCCUCAGAGGAGCAGUAAAGGAAAGGAGGGAAGGAAAGAAGGAGGCGGCCUGAAGGAGGUGAAGAGGAGAGGAAGGAUGGAGAGGAGCCGAGAGGAGGAGGAGCUUAUCGACCGCCUGCAGACGCUGGACGUGUCCAGCAGGUCAGAGGUCAGAGGAACAGGUCUGGUUUACUCUGAGAUCUUCACUCUGCAUCAGAACCUGUGGGACUCCAGUCAUCCAGAGAGACCCGACAGAGUGACGUCCAUCAUGGAGGAGCUGGACAGACAGGACCUGCUGUCUCACUGCACCAGAGUUCCGCCCAGAGAAGCUGUAGAAGAAGAUCUGCUGCUAGUUCACAAGACACAAUAUGUUGAUCUGAUGAAGUCGACUCAGAAGAUGAAAGAAAGUGAACUUCAGGAACUGUCUGAGAAAUACGACUCUGUGUACCUUCAUCCUGAGUCCUACCAGGUGUGUGUGUCUGCGGUGGGUUCAGUCCUCCAGCUGGUCGAUCAGGUGAUGACCUCCAAACUCAGGAACGGAUUCGCUGUCAUCAGACCUCCAGGUCAUCAUGCUCAGUCUAACGAGUCCAACGGUUUCUGUAUUUUCAACAACGUGGCGAUUGCAGCUCGAUACGCUCAGACCAGACACUCAGUCCGCAGGGUCUUGAUAGUGGACUGGGAUGUUCAUCAUGGUCAGGGCAUUCAGUACCUGUUCCAGGAGGACCCCAGUGUCCUGUACUUCAGUGUCCACAGGUAUGAACAGGGGUCUUUCUGGCCUCACCUGUCAGAGUCUGACAGUCAGUAUGUUGGCAGCGGACGAGCUGAAGGCAGAAACAUCAACCUGCCCUGGAACAAGACGGGGAUGACAGAUGCUGAUUACAUCGCAGCUUUUCAACAGCUGCUACUUCCUGUAGCUUAUGAGUUUCAGCCUCAGCUGGUUCUGGUUUCUGCUGGAUUUGAUGCUGCAGUCGGAGACCAGAAGGGGGAGAUGUGUGUGACUCCUAGGUGUUUUCAUGUUCUGACUCACAUGCUCAUGAGUUUGGCAGAAGGUCGACUUGUUCUUGCUCUCGAGGGAGGUUAUAACCUGCAGUCGACAGCAGAGGGCGCUGCAGCCUGUGUCAGAGCUCUGCUGGGAGGAGCCUGUCCUCCUCUGACCCCGCCCACCGCUCCCUCUGACAGUGCUCUGCAGUCCAUCUCUCAGACCGUCUCGGCUCUGUAUCCUCACUGGGCGUCUCUGCAAACACUGGAAGGCGGCCCAUUGGCUGACGGCCGUGUCAUGAGAACAACCACCAAUAAGCAGAGCACAAAGCUGCCGGGCCCGGCUCCCUCUGUUGCCACGGUUACAGGUCUGGUCUAUGACGAGAGGAUGAUGGAGCACCUGAACAUGUGGGACAGACAUCAUCCUGAACAGCCGCAGAGAAUCUUUAAAAUCUUCUCUAAACAUCAGCAGCUGGGAUUGGUCGAUCGUUGCCAACGGAUACCAGCUCGCUUAGCAACAGAAGAGGAGUUGUCCAGGUGUCACAGUGUGCAGCAUAUUGAGCAGAUGAAGGCCACAGCAGUGAUGAAGCCCAGAGAUCUUCACAAACUGGGUCACGAGUUCAACUCCAUCUUCAUCAACAACCAGAGCUUCCAGUCUGCUCUACUGGCUGCUGGAGGCUGUUUCACUGCUGUGGAGAGAGUCCUCACAGGACAGGUGAGUAACGGCGUGGCGAUCGUUCGUCCUCCUGGUCAUCACGCAGAGAGAGAUUCUCCGUGUGGUUUCUGUUUCUUCAACACAGCAGCUCUUGCUGCUCGACACGCCCAGAAAAUAUCCCAUGAUGCACCGCUGCGAGUCCUCAUCCUCGACUGGGACGUUCACCACGGCAACGGGACGCAGCACAUGUUCGAGGAUGACGACAGCGUCCUCUACAUCUCCCUCCAUCGCUAUGACAACGGGAUGUUCUUCCCGUCUUCAGAAGACGCAGCCCCCGACAGGGUGGGCAUUUCCAGGGGGGCGGGGUUUAACGUCAAUGUGGCGUGGAGCGGCGGGCAGAUGGGAGACUCGGACUACCUGGCUGCCUUUCACAACGUCGUCAUGCCGAUCGCUACCGAGUUUAAUCCUGGUCUGGUUCUGGUGUCGGCCGGUUUCGAUGCAGCUCGAGGGGAUCCACUGGGAGGAUAUCAUGUGACUCCUGAGGGAUACGCCCAUCUCACUCACCUGCUGACGUCACUGGCCGGGGGGGUCCUCCUGAUACUGGAGGGAGGUUAUAACCUGUCUUCUAUCUCGGACUCCAUGGCGAUGUGCACCAGCGUGUUGCUAGGAGACCCUCCUCCGUCCUUAGCGACGCCCCUCCCCCCUCCUCAUUACAGCGCCGUGGCAACGAUCAACGAGGUCAUCCGACACCACGCCCCCUACUGGAAGUCUCUGAGGAUACACAUCCCAGAGUCGGUGCGAUCCUCCCUGCCGGCCCUGAAGCAUCGUGGGAAACGUAGUUCUAAAGGGAAAGGCAGGAAGUCAGAGACGAGCGGCACAAACAAACCUCCGCUGCCCCCUGCAGGACUGGAGGACAGGAUGACGGAGCCAGGUCUAGAGCAGCUCACUCAGGGAUUGGCCAGUUUGGACAUAAGUCAAACCUCAGCCAAUCACACUCCUGCUACAUCUGACGCGGUGGGCGGGGCCAGACCGAAGGUCCGCCUCAGCCAGGAAGAGGUGACCUGUGAAGGGGAAGCCACACCUGAGCAGAGCCAAUCAGCAGCGAGCACAGAGCUGCAGCCCCAGGCUGUUGCCGUGGCAGCACCAGAGUCGGUUGCCCCUGGAGAUGAGGAUGCUGGUAGAAUGGGGGCGGAGCCAGAGACGGAGGGAGCGUGUGGUUGGUCGAAACCUGAGACGUCUCUGGAACUGAUGUGUGGAGGACAGACGGAUACCCCUCUGUUCGUGGUGGACCCUCUUUCCUGGUGUCCUCACCUGGAUGCUGUUAAGCCCCUCCCCCCCUCAGGUAUAGACGUCUUCCAGUCGUGUCAGGACUGCGGCUCCGACGCUGAGAACUGGACCUGUCUCACCUGCUACCAGGUGUUCUGUGGUCGUUAUGUAAAUGAGCACAUGGUGACUCACGGCGUUGUGUCUGAACACCCGAUGGUCCUGAGCUUCUGUGACCUGUCUGUGUGGUGCUACCUGUGUGAGUCCUACGUCCACCACCAGAUUCUGUUUGAAGCUAAAAAUGCUGCUCACUGCACCAAGUUUGGAGAGGAGAUCCCUCCAUGGAGCUGAGAGGAGGAGGAGCUGAGGAGGAGGAGGAGAGGAGAUGAGAGGAG